GCUGAUGGCUGCAGUAGCUUAACACAUCAGUGGUGGUGUUGUUUGGUUCUCGGGAAAUGGAGGCAGACGACCUGUUCGAGAACGCGAUGAGAAGGCAGUUGGACAAAAUCGCGGAGGCGUGCAAAGCCGACCCCGCACUUCUCCGUAUGAAGAUCACGAAAUCAGAAGACACGGCCCUGCACAUCGCCGUUACUGACCCCCAAUCAGACGCCGUCGGCAAACUCAUCGGAACUUGCCUCCCUGAAGGCGACGAGUUCAAGGAAGCGGCCUUCGGGAUCCUAAACGCCAAGAACGAGAGAGGCGACACUCCGCUGCACAUGGCGGCGGUGGUCGGAAAGGCCGACAUUUGCCGCCGAAUCGCCGACCGCGACCGCCGCCUCCUCUUCUCCCGCAACCUGGAGAGCGAGACCCCUCUCUUCCUGGCGGCGUUUCACGGAAAGAAGGAGGCGUUUCUCUGCCUGCAUGUUCUCCAGAACCAAACGGAUGAUUGGUGUAGCAGGAGGAGCAAUGGGGACACCAUUCUUCACGUCGCCAUCUCCGGGGAGCACUACGAUUUGGCAUAUGGGAUAAUUCAAUUGUACCCACAUCUUACGAAAUCAAUCAAUGAGAAUGGAUUGUCUCCUCUUCAUAUUACUGCCAGCAAACCUAAUGCAUUCAGAAGCACUUCUCACCUUGGAUUGUUUGAGCGUAUCAUCUACCAUUGUGCUUUUGUUGAUGAGCUCAAGAAGGAAACAAUCUGGCAAGAAUGUUUCUCAGAUAUUUCUGAAGACAAAAACAAGUUUAACUAUCCGAGAAACUAUGAGACUUGCAUGGACCUCUUCCAAGCCAUGAAGAAUAUAAUUACAGUUUUAGUUACGCCACAUAAGCAUCGAAGCUCGCUCCCAUCUUCACCCUUGAAUAGGGUUGGAUCAAGUGACUCUAUGAAAAUUGGGAACCCAAUUGAUGAGGAGGAUCCCCAACGGAAGAGUCGUGCUUCUCUAGGUGGUAGCCAACCAAAGAAAAAACACAAUGAAGGCCACCAUUUUCCAUCCAAUUAUGACCUAUUUUUCCUAUUCUUCAAGCUUAUGAUGAAGGCCUUUCUAAUUGUUUUGGGAUUCGGGUUUGCAACUGUGACAACGUCAGGACGAUGUCAUGCACUAUGGACGCAGCUGAAAACUUUCUUUGUUAUCUGAACAGAUUAAAUGUAUUUGAAUUUGAAUUUAUAUAAUGUAUUUGUAUUUAAAUUUGAAUUUGUAUAACAUAUUUGUAAUUUAAUUUGAAUUAGAAUUUUUAAUAAUUUAUGAAUUUUAUUGCUA